AUGGAAUUAGUUCGAUAUGUUCAACGACCACACUAUGUGUUUUUAUCAAAGUUUUUAAAUUUAUUUUCUCAUCAUUACCCUGUAAAGCAUAUACAUUCGUAUACACCUACGACGAUUAUAAAACAAGAAACAAUAAAUAAGAUACAACAGUUAUCUUUACUUAAUUUUAGUAAUGAUUAUAGUCUUUCUAUCCUAGAAGCUACACUUAUUUUUACAGAAGACUUACGUACUACGAAAAUUAAUGAAAACAUUGAACCUAUGUAUAGUCCAUUUGAAAAGGAAUUAAUUCCUUUAAGAGAUGAUAAUGUGGAAAGUAACACAUCUAGACAGGAAGUUCUAAAAAAUGCUUCUGUCUUAGAAGAAGAAUAUUUUGUAGCACCAUUGAAAAAUAUUAUAAAAGCAUCAUGA